GCGCUCGGAGCUUUGCGCCGCUCGCGCCGAGACUACUGCGCAUGUGCGUUGCCAAGGGUAGCGCCGGUUCCCAAAGUAGUUUGCAGAGCCGAGCCCGUUGCCCAGGCGGGGAGGAGGAGGGGCCCGAGGCGUGAGGGGAGCCGCGAUGAGGGCCGUGUUGACGUGGAGAGAUAAAGCGGAGCAGUGUAUCUAUGACCUCGCAUUUAAGCCUGAUGGAACCCAACUGAUUCUGGCUGCAGGAAACAGAUUACUGGUUUAUGAUACCUCUGAUGGCACUUUACUUCAGCCUCUCAAGGGCCACAAAGACACUGUGUACUGUGUGGCAUAUGCAAAGGAUGGCAAGCGCUUUGCUUCGGGAUCAGCUGACAAAAGUGUUAUCAUCUGGACGUCAAAAUUGGAAGGCAUUCUGAAGUAUACGCACAAUGACUCCAUACAGUGUGUCUCCUACAACCCUGUUAACCACCAACUAGCAUCUUGUUCCUCCAGUGACUUUGGUUUGUGGUCUCCUGAGCAGAAGUCUGUCUCCAAGCAUAAAUCCAACAGCAAGAUCACCUGCUGCAGCUGGACGAAUGAUGGUCAGUACCUGGCUCUGGGUAUGUCCAAUGGGGUCAUCAGCAUACGGAACAAAAAUGGCGAGGAGAAAGUGAAGAUCGAACGGCCAGGGGGCUCUCUCUCCCCAGUGUGGACCAUUUCCUGGAACCCUUCAAGCCGAUGGGAGAAUAUCUGGAUGAACAGAGAAAACGAGGAUGCUGAGGAUGCCAUUGUCAACAGAUAUUUGCAGGAAAUUCCCUCCACUCUGAAGUCAACAGUGUACAGUAGUCAGGGUAGUGAGGCAGAGGAGGAAGAGCAAGAGGAAGAGGACGACAAUCUCAGGGACGACAACUCAGAUGAACAUAAUGACAUCCUGGCUGUAGCUGACUGGGGACAGAAACUUUCCUUCUACCAACUGAGUGGGAAACAGAUUGGGAAGGAUCGACCUCUGAACUUUGACCCCUGCUGCAUCAGCUACUUUUCUAAAGGAGAGUACAUUUUGGUGGGGGGAUCAGACAAGCAAGUAUCCCUUUUCACUAAGGAUGGAGUGCGGCUGGGGACUGUUGGGGAACAGAAUUCCUGGGUGUGGACAUGUAAAGCGAAACCUGACUCCAACUAUGUGGUGGUAGGCUGUCAGGAUGGCACUAUUUCCUUCUACCAACUUAUCUUCAGUACAGUACAUGGGCUUUACAAGGACCGGUAUGCCUACAGAGAUAGCAUGACUGACGUCAUUGUGCAGCACCUAAUCACAGAGCAGAAAGUUAGGAUUAAAUGCAAAGAGCUUGUCAAGAAAAUUGCCAUCUACAAAAAUCGAUUAGCUAUCCAACUGCCAGAGAAAAUCCUCAUCUAUGAGUUGUACUCAGAUGACUCUGCAGACAUGCAUUACCGAGUGAAAGAGAAAAUUGCUAAGAAGUUUGAGUGCAACUUGCUGGUGGUAUGUGCUGACCACAUCAUCCUUUGUCAGGAGAAACGGCUGCAGUGCCUGUCCUUCAGUGGAGUGAAGGAGCGAGAGUGGCAGAUGGAAUCUCUCAUUCGAUACAUCAAGGUGAUCGGUGGCCCUCCUGGAAGGGAAGGUCUAUUGGUGGGCCUGAAGAAUGGCCAGAUCCUGAAGAUCUUUGUGGACAAUCUCUUUGCUAUUGUCCUGCUGAAGCAGGCAACAGCCGUGCGCUGCUUGGACAUGAGUGCCUCCCGGAACAAGCUGGCCGUGGUGGAUGAAAAUGACAUGUGUCUGGUAUAUGACAUUCAUACCAAGGAGCUGCUUUUUCAGGAACCAAAUGCCAAUAGUGUGGCCUGGAACACCCAGUGUGAGGACAUGCUCUGCUUCUCGGGAGGAGGCUACCUCAACAUCAAGGCCAGCAACUUUCCCGUGCACCAGCAGAAGCUGCAGGGCUUUGUGGUUGGCUACAAUGGCUCCAAGAUCUUCUGUCUCCAUGUCUUUUCCAUGUCUGCUGUGGAGGUGCCACAGUCUGCCCCCAUGUACCAGUACCUGGACAGGAAAAUGUUCAAAGAAGCCUAUCAGAUUGCUUGCUUGGGUGUGACAGACACUGAUUGGCGUGAGCUGGCCAUGGAAGCUCUAGAAGGAUUAGAGUUUGAAACUGCAAAGAAGGCCUUCACCAGAGUCCAGGAUCUACGAUACCUGGAGCUGAUCAGCAACAUUGAGGAGAGGAAGAAGCGAGGAGAGACCAACAAUGACCUGUUUCUGGCAGAUGUGUUUUCCUACCAGGGGAAGUUCCAUGAGGCCGCCAAACUAUAUAGGAGGAGCGGGCAUGAAAACCUCGCGCUUGACAUGUACACUGACCUCUGCAUGUUCGACUAUGCCAAGGAUUUCCUUGGAUCUGGAGACCCCAAAGAAACAAAGAUGCUAAUCACCAAGCAGGCUGACUGGGCCAGAAACAUCAACGAGCCCAAGGCUGCUGUGGAGAUGUAUGUUUCAGCAGGGGAGCACGCCAAGGCCAUUGAGAUCAGCGGCAGCCAUGGCUGGGUUGACAUGUUGAUUGACAUCGCCCGUAAGCUAGACAAGGCUGAGCGAGAGCCCCUGCUAAUGUGUGCUCACUACUUCAAGAAGCUGGGCAGCCCUGACUAUGCUGCUGAGACAUACCUGAAGAUCAGUGAUCUGAGGUCCUUGGUGAAGCUGCACGUGGAGAUGCAUCGCUGGGAUGAGGCCUUUGCUUUGGGUGAGAAGCACCCUGAGUUCAAGGAUGACAUCUAUGUACCCUACGCACAGUGGUUAGCAGAGAACGACCGCUUUGAGGAAGCCCAAAAAGCAUUUCACAAGGCCGGGCGGCAGGGAGAGGCAGUCCGGGUGCUGGAGCAGCUCACUCACAACGCCGUGGUGGAGAGCAGGUUCAGGGAUGCCGCCUAUUACUACUGGAUGCUGUCCAUGCAGUGCCUCGACAUAGCUCAAGAUCCUGCCCAGAAGGACAUGAUGCUUGAUAAGUUUCACCAUUUCCAGCACCUUGCUGAGCUGUAUCAUGGCUACCAUACCAUUCAGAGGUACACGGAGGAGCCGUUCAACUUCCAUCUUCCUGAAACCCUCUUCAACAUCUCUAGGUUCCUGCUGCACAGCCUGACCAAAGACACCCCCUUGGGCAUCUCUAAAGUGAACACACUUUUCACACUGGCCAAGCAGAGCAAGGCCCUAGGUGCUUACAAGCUGGCCCGGCAUGCCUACGACAAACUGCGGGGCCUGCAGAUCCCACCCAGACUCCAGAAGUCCAUUGAGCUGGGCACUCUGACCAUCCGCUCCAAGCCCUUCCAUGACAGUGAGGAGCUGGUUCCCUUGUGCUAUCGCUGUUCCACCAACAACCCACUGCUCAACAACCUAGGCAACGUGUGCAUCAACUGCCGCCAGCCUUUUGUCUUCUCACCCAAUUCUUAUGAGGUGCUGCACCUGGUGGAAUUCUACCUGGAAGAGGGGAUCACUGAUGAAGAAGCUGUCGCCCUCAUUGACCUGGAAGUGCCGAGACCCAAGCGGGAAAGCAGAUGGCAGGAGAUCUCAAGUAGCAAUGCUCAGACUCUGAGGCUGGACGAGACCAUGGACCCCAUGGGAGAUGAUGACCCAUUCACGGCCAAGCUGAGUUUUGAGCAAGGUGGCUCAGAGUUUGUGCCUGUGGUGGUGAACCGGUCCGUGCUGCGCUCCAUGGGCCGCAGGGACGUCCUCAUCAAGCGCUGGCCCCCGCCUCUGAAGUGGCAGUACUUCCGCUCGUUAUUGCCCGACGCCCCCAUCACCAUGUGUCCCUCCUGCUUCCAGAUGUUCCACUCGGAAGACUACGAGCUGCUUGUGCUCCAGUACUCCUGCUGCCCCUACUGCCGGAGGCCCUACAGCGACCCUGCCCGUGACCAGUGACCAGUGCCUAGGACUGCGAGCUUCCCUGGCUGCCUUGGUGCCCCCCAGGCCUGGAAGGAGGAAGAUAAACCAUCAGAAUGUUCCUGCUGCCCAAAUGAAGUUUGGAUUUCAGGGAGGGACCUUGUUUAACCACGUGUUUUCUAUUUAUGGCAUUUCAUGCCUUGUAAAUAGCACCAGUAUAAAGGAGGAGAAUGGACAUAUAUUUUCUAAGAAAAAAAAAAUCUGUUACUUUCAGAGGGGCUCGAGUUGUUCAUGGCAGCCUGCUGGAGUCCACAGAUCUGUCAGACCGUUACCGUGCACACUUUGCCAACAGAUUGCCUCAAUAAUGACAAAUAAAAGGGCUACUCGUUUUCA